CCGUGCGAUUCGGUCCCAUUAUGGCGUCUCACCGAAUCAGGAUGGGCUUUUUCCGCCGCCGCCUGUGCUGGAAUUUACCGCUGGUCAGCUGCGACGCGACAUCUGGACGUUUGGGUUGAAAACGGGACGUAAAUGUAGGCGAGAGGAUGAAGGACGAGGAGAACGCGGCGAGGCCGGUGCGGAAUGCCGAGGCGGACGCGAAAAACGGGGCUGCUGUGGAGGACGGCGACCGGAGCGGCGCGGCGGUGGCCGUGGCGGUGACUGGAUCUGCGGCGGGGGCUGGCGCUGAGGCUGCGUGGACCAAGCCGAAGCCGGGGCUUGUCGAGGGGGCGGGAGAGCGCGGCGCUGUGGCAGCCCGGGGUGGCACCACGGGGAUACGGGUUUUAAAGCGUAACAUGAAGCGGAACGGCAGCCGUGGCUGUGUGACCAGGAAGAACCGCUUUGGCUCACGUGAGAGAGACUGGCUAAAGGGGGAUGCCCAGCGGGGCUGCGUGUGCCUCUAUGGGGCCAGUGAGCCCCAAGCACCUGUUCCUGGGCCCCAGACCACGUCAACGGCACAACCGGACCUUAAACUGGUUUUAUGUUCAACCAGCACCACGGUGGAGGAGCUGAGUGCACAACGCAACGGCCAGGGACUGUACCUGCAGCUGCAUGGGGACCUUAUCAGGAGACUGGACUCCUCUGAAAGACCUCUUCAAAUGGUAUAUGACUACCUGACCACCAUGGGUUACGCCGACCCACUGCGCGUGCAGCAAGAAGCUGCCAACUCGGACCUCAGCUGCAUGAUCCGCUUCUACAGUGAGCGGCCGGUAAACGCAGACCAGCAGGACCGAACUCUACUGAAGGGCGUCUUUAGUGUGAGAAAGGGCAAGACGCAGCUUCACAAAUGGGCAGAGCGCCAGGUUAUCCUAUGCGGCACCUGUCUGAUCGUGGCCUCCGUUAAAGACAGCCUAACGGGCAAGAUGCACAUCCUACCCCUGGUGGGGGGGAAGGUAGAAGAAGUGAAGCGAAGGCAGCACUGUCUGAUGUUCAACUCUGCCGGUCCCCAGGCCCAGACCUACUACGUUAACUUUGAUACAUUGGCCGAAUACCAGCGCUGGCAUCGGCAGGCCUCCAAAGUUGUUUCUCAGACCAUCAGCCUGGUGGAUCUGUCCUGCUACAGUCUGGAGGAGGUGCCUGAAUACCUUUUCUACAGCCAAGAUGUCACACAUCUGAACCUACGCCACAAUUUCAUAAGCUUGGAGGGCCCUGGUGGACUCUGUAACUUUAACAGGUUUGUCCAGCUGAAGAGCCUGAAUUUGUCUCACAAUCGACUGGGUGUGUUUCCUGAAUCCGUGUGCGAGAUCCCGACCCUGUCUGAACUCACGCUUUCCUGCAAUGGACUCGGCUCCAUUCCACCCCGCAUCGGCAACCUCCAGAGCCUGCAGACACUCUGUCUGGACGGGAAUCACUUGAGCGCCCUGCCAGAGGAGCUGGGCGGCCUGUCGCAGCUCUGUAGCCUGGGGCUCUCCUUUAACAACUUCCCCAACAUCCCCGCUGUGCUGGAGAGGCUCUGUGCCGUGGACAAACUGGCCAUGGCCGGGAACAGAGUGGACACACUGGAGCUCAGCAGCCUUCUGAGAAUGAAGCACAUCAAGAGCAUUGAUUUACGGCUGAAUGGACUCCACUGUAUAAAAGGCGAGACUCUGGAACCCAUCAAGCAUCUCACCCAGCUGGACCUGAGGGACAACCGGCUGACCUCACUGGACCUGAGUGCUGCCUGCAACCUGGAGACCCUGCAGUGCCAGCGCAACCAGCUGGGGUCGCUCACACUUAGCGGCUUUACGCUGCGGUCUCUUCAUGCCAACAACAACCGUCUCGCUACAGUGAACAUCUAUCCAGUUCCCAACCAGUUGACGCACAUGGACCUGUCAUGGAAUCUUCUGGAAUAUCUGCCUGACUGGGUGUGUGACAGCAGGAAGAUUGAGGUGCUGGACGUCUCUCAUAAUCUGCUUCUAGAGCUACCUGCAAGGCUGCUCAGUGGUCUGAGUCUGCGGAAGCUACUGGCUGGCAGUAAUGCACUGCAGAGACUGCCUGACCUACUUGACCACAUCCCACUGGAAGCCCUCGACCUGCAGCACAACAAGCUUGGCGAGCUCCCGGAGAGCUUCUUCUACAAGGCCUUAAACUUAAAAUACCUGAAUGUGUCUGCCAAUGCACUGGAGACAAUCCCCCCAAGCAGCCAAUCAGAGGAGAGCUUGAGCACUCUUCAGGAGCUGUACCUCACAGGGAACAACCUGAAUGAGAACUGCGCCACCCUGCUGGUGGGACAUCAGAACCUGCGGGUCUUACAUAUGGCCUAUAACCAGCUGCUGUCGUUCCCUGCAAGUAAGCUCAGUAAGCUGGAGUUGCUUGAAGAGCUGAAUCUGAGCGGGAACAAGCUGAAGACUAUCCCCUCCACUGUGUCCAGCUGUAAAAGGCUGCAUACCCUCAUCGCACACUCCAAUCACAUCAGUGUCUUCCCUGAGGUUCUUAACCUGCCUGAGAUAAAGCUGGUGGACGUGAGCUGCAAUGAACUCACAGAGAUCCUGCUCCCCGAUUCUCUACCUGCCACACUACAAGAGCUGGACCUGACGGGCAACAGCAGCCUUAUGCUGGAGCACAAAACCCUCAACCUCUUCAGUCAUAUAACUACUCUGAAACUGGAUCAGAAGCCAUCCCUGUCUGCAGGAGACUCACAGGGGACAUCUACACUGUGGGAUCAUGGCUACGCUGAGAUGAGCGGCCAGAGGAACAAGUUAUGUGUCUCUGUGCUGGCAGUGGACCGUUUUGGGGACAGCAUGGAGGCGGCUUAUGCAAUCUUUGAUGGCGACCGCAAUGAGGAAGUACCACGGCUCCUCCAGUGCACCAUGGGAGAUGUGCUGGCUGAGGAGAUCCAGCACAGCAGUGUGGACAGUGUGUAUAUGUGCAACACUUUCCUCACCUCACAUAGAAAGCUGGGGAUGGCUGGACAGAAGCUGGGGGCGUCAGGUCUGCUCUGUUACAUUCACCACGAGUCCUCAGAGCCAGGCAGCUACUUCAGCCUGACAGUUGCCAAUGUCGGCACCUGUCAGGCAGUGCUGUGUCGUGAUGGCCAGCCGCUGGCCCUGUCCAAGGUCUUUAGCCUAGAGCAGAGUGCCGAUGAAAUGGAAAGGGUCAAAACUGCCAAGGCUAUUAUCACUGAGGAUAACAAGGUGAGUGGUGUUACAUGCUGCUCCCGACUGUUGGGUUGCUCCUACCUGUCUCCUUGGGUAUUGCCCAAGCCCUGGGUACGCACCGAGCCCCUCUGUGCACAGGACGAGUUCCUGAUCCUUGGGAACAGGGCACUCUUUCAGCGCUUGUCCUACCAGGAGGCAGUAAAGACUGUGCUGGCUGUCCGAGAUCCCCGAGCUGCUGCCAAAAAGCUCUGCACACUGGCCCAAAGCUAUGGGUGCCGGGACAAUGUUGGGGCAGUGGUGGUGGCCCUGCAUAUCGGGGAGGACAGCUGUACCUGUGAGCCUCCUCUUACGACUCUCACAACUGAGAUCCGAGGAACGCCUGUACUUACCUCUGUCCCCAUUUCUGUGCCACCUGUUGACCCAGCCACGCCUUCCUCAAGCAGUGGGAUUGCCUCAGAAUUCAACAGCGAGACAUCUGCCUCGGAGGUAGGCAGCGAGGCUGGUUCAACAGCAUCUGAUGAGCACCCUUCUUCGGGUCCGAACGCACGACCGGAGCGCCGCUGCAGCCUGCACCCGGCGGCCACUAUCUGCAAUGCUGGGGUGGUGGGUACUGGCAAUCUGGGACCUGGAGCUCAUCAAGCUCUGUUUCAGCGCCAGCCAUCAUCUGCCACCUUCUCAAGCAAUCAGUCGGACAACGGUUUGGACAGCGACGAUGAAGCUCCACUAGAAGGCGUCAUUUCCAAUGGGAGUAAGUUGGAAGUGGAGGUGGACAUCCACUGCUGUGCUUUUCAACUGCGCUCUGGGCCUCCAGACAGCCCUAAAGAGCUGGACCUCCGCCAUGACUCUCGAGGUUCUGACUACAACAACAGUAAGGUGCGUCGGCAGAACAGCGUGGUUGUGUCAGCUACUAACGGCUGUCUUCUUGCGGUAUGCGGUAGAGAGAUUUCCGACCUGAAGAAAUCUCCGUCUACUUCCAGCCUCUUUGGGAAAAAGCUCUCAAACGGCUCCGUCGUGGCACCAGAGGACAGUCACAACAUCAUUGAGGUAGCAUUGGAAGCACCCAAGAAGAAAUCUGGGUAUUUUGCGGCACCGGCUCAACAGGACCCUGAAGAUCAGUUAGUCGUCCCUCCAAGCUUGGAACAAGACGUUCGGGAGCAGCUAAGAGGCCAGAGUCCUGUGGUUCCCGGACCUCCGCCCCUCUCGACACCUCCCACUAACAGAGAUCGUAACUGGGACCAUCCUCAGCCUGGUCUCCCUCCAGCCACCUUUCAACAGGAGGUCUAUGACACUGCACUUUAGUAGACGCUCUAGCGCAGCACCAUUCGACAGGCCAUCUGUGUGACAUAGUGCCAUAUCGUGCAGGCAGGUACGACUCCUCCUCCUCCUGCCCUGCUUGUGGAACAUUCCCGUUCCUGUUCAGCUCCGUCAUAGUGUGUGAAAGCCCUGCAUGUGCUUGUGGUAACAUCCACCCACCAACUAGGACUGGUCUGUGGUGAAUCCGAGGACCGAGGAGGAGCAGACAUGGAGAACAGGGGGGAAAAAGCGUACAGAACCAAUGAGCUUUCAGGACCAAUGAGACGAGGUCUUGAACAAAAAAAAAAAGAUGGGCUGUCCCUGACCAAAACUCACAGCGCGAGCUAGAAUACCUCAUAAACAACCUUGCAUAACUGACUUGCUACAUUCUGCCCUUUACGCCAGAAGACUUUUUUUGCUUAAGCAGGCUUUUAUCAUCUCAGUUUCUUCUUCACUGGAAGGUUACAGGGGCUAACCAUGACCAAAAGGUAAGAAAAGUGCCUUUUGCAGAUGGUUGUGGCUCUAGAGGGCCCUCACUGUUACCCAGUAACGCCAACUCUCUUUCUCCUGCCCACUGGAGGUUGUUGUGGUUGUUUAGCAGGUGUGAAAGGUGUGCCGCGAACCAGACCACAGUCUGAUGAUGUGAACCAGACAUAAGGACCAAAAUUUGGUCUGAACAAAAGAGGUGGUCUUAGUCUGGAUCAACUGAACCAUGGACCGGUUUAGACCGGUUAAAAAAAGACCGGUUAAAAAAAAAACCCUUUCUAGAUGUUUAAGACUUUUGGACCAAUUACACACAGUUGAUGCAAGCUAUAGUCACCUAUUAAAACAAUAGAAGAAGAAAAAGAUCAGGUGUUGUGCCAAAAUCUGACUCCCCUCACCCCCCUCAGCGUUCAUACUGGCAGGCGACAAGUUGCUUGUGUUGCUCCCCACGUUUGUCUCUUAUAGGUGUGUUAGAGGCUGUUCACACUGACGUAAGUGGGCAUGUAUCAGCGUUACUGGUUAGCAUGCUAGCAAGCUUCCUAUCAAGCUAUUUUUUGUCUCCGAAUUCCACCUCUAUUUGUGCAAAACAAUGCAUCAUAUAAAAUGGAAAGAGCAAAAACAGCAGUUAUAAUCCUGUCUCUUGUGUUUAGAACCGUUUACUCUGCUGGGGAUAUAAAUAAAGUAUAGUAGAGCCCUGUCUGGACGGGAUUAGUUUCUCAGGGGGUCCUGGGGUCAUUUUCUCUUUUAUGGGGGUCCUCUGUGAUUUUAUUCCUGUCCGGAGUGCACAUCUCUGAGUUUCGUCUCCUCGCAUUUAAUAAAAUAGCUAUUUGUCCACUGCCGCGCACCGUAAUUACACUUUAAUGGCAGGUGUUUCCACAGAGAUCCACGUAAACACAACAGUAAGUGGAAAUGGAGGAGCUACUGAAUGCGAUGUCAUGUGACCGAGAAAGCCAAAAACCUUUUUUUAAUUGCAGUCCGGAUGCAGGGUUUUUUUUACCACUGAGGAGAAGUCUGAAAUAUUUUUUUACAGACGUCCCCCUGAGAAACUAAUCCCGUCCAGAUAGAGGCUUAGGAAUCAAAAAUCCACAGAACAGAUACUGAAACCUGCUUUUUUAUAAUUGGUCUGAGAAAUUUGCUCGGCCAAUCAGUGUCUAAUGUUGCUUAACCACAUCAUAAUCUCUGUGCCAACAAAUUGGGCAAUCCAAUAGGAAAUAAAUGGUUGCCUGUUGCUCUUGUCACCUUACAGUGUGAACACAGAGUUAGCAUGCACAUGCUUCACACAGCAGUAUUUAGAAACAGAAUUACUGUAAAAGGAGUCUGAGGGGAAUCUGUUAUGCUCAUUCUGGCAGGGAUGCAGAAUUUGGCACAACACCUAGAAUGCGAACUCGCCCAACUUUCUUCAACAUUCUACAAACCAAUCAGUGUGAAGUAUAGGGAGUCUCCGCCCACAUAUGUGAUAAGGACAAGACGUAACAAAGUUCUUCAGGGUGCUCAGUCUAAACUGCAAUGUGAAACCAAAACAAACCGGACCAAAUGUGAUCUAUACAAUGUUUCAAACACAUUAACCUUGGUUCAGACUGUGGUCUGUGGUCAUUUUAAAAGAAAAAAUGUUGUGGAAGGAAAAAAAUAAGCUUUUCCCAAUCUCUAUUUCUCCUGGUCUUCUCAUUGGAGUGCAACUGAACCAUUUUUUUAAGCCAUAGGGUAAUGGAAGAUAACAGGCGCUGCUACUUAGCCUGUUUGGCAUACAUGCAACCCUGAACCUUCUGCACAAUGGAAGAGAGAACAAUGCACCCCUCAUCAAUCAGUGUGAACUUUGAAAGACCCUUCCCUUCUCCAAGUCCAUCUGGAUCUAGAGAAGUAAGGGUGGCCACAGUGGACGUGCUAUAGUGUUGGUAAGAGUGAGAUUGAGAUCAGAAAGAGAGAGAGAGAGAGAGGGGGGAAAUUGAAUUUGUCCUCUGUAUGUGUCAUAUCACCGGAAGCCCAAUUCACUGGGGAAGCAUCAUCAUAGCUCAUUGGCUAAGGCCAUUUCGAUGGGGAUCAGAAAAGACCUCAUUAACUCACACUAACUGACUGAUUUCACAACGUGGUCUUGGGAUACUUGCUAGGAAUACUUGAAGCGUGCCAUGAGAGACUUAGAGGCUUAGAGCACUGAUCUAAGAAAGAAAAAAUAUUAUUGUAUAUACUGAAAAUACUUAAAAAUGACUUAAUGAGUUAUUUUUCAUCUUAUACCUGAACCGGUAAACUGAACAAACUACUAGUAUUGUGUCAUAUUGUGAAAUAUGACGAAACUGAAUUAUUUUUUAUCAAACAAUGUAUGAAAUGAUACAAUAUAUGAUACCCAUGUCAUAUACAGUAUUGUGCAGAGUGUGCUUCUGUGUGUACGCGCGUUUGUGUGUGUGUGUGUGUGACACCAAGUCUUAUUUCAAGUCUUAUUAAUAUGUUUUCAAUAUAUUAUAUUUUCCCAAGGCAAGAAAUGGAAAAGAACAGAUACAAUAAGUAUCUCUUAAAUCAGAAUGAUAUCUUGGGCGCUAGGUAUCUGGAGGGAGAGCGUUUUCAGAUUUUUCAGUCAAAAAGGUUAAAAGGGUUUUGGAUUUUACUGGAAUGAAUGAGCCAGGCUGUGUGAUCCUAGACUGAGGAGACAUCUGGUGGUGGUCCAUGUUAACAGCAGCAUUCUUGCACAGAGCAUAUUGGUUUAGAAUUUUGAAAUUGGGACGUACACUGUUAUAGUUAAUUAUACUGUAGUUCUUAAUCAGUUGCAAUUCAUUUUUAUAAUGGAAACAGUUGACAUUACUGAAUUGUCUUAAAUUUAAAGCCAGAUGAAGACUAUCCAAUGCACACUGUCUCUGCUUUGUUAAAAAGAAUAUAUGCACACAUCAGAAUUAAUAAAUAAUAGGGGUGUAAUGAUGCACUGUGCUCACAAUUCAAUUCAAUUCACAAUUCUGGAUUCACAAUUCAAUUGCAAAGAAAAUGAGGUGAUUUGUUUUUUAUUUAUUAAGUGCAAAAAAAAUAAAAAAUGCACUGUGCAUAAAUACUGCUUGUAUCGUUUACUGCUUGUGCUGUUUAAGUGGACAGUAACAAAGGAAAUAUAAUUCAUUACACUAAUAGGUUUUUGUAUUAAUUUGGCUGCAUUCAAAAUUCUUAAUUUCCUUAAAUUCAUACUUUUCACUCCACUACAUUAUUGGAAAUUAUUGAUUGUUAUAUUUGGCGGGUGGGUGGAGGAUCUGUCAUGUCUCCUGGCCCACGAGAGUCAAAUCCUGGAGAGGCGAAACUUGUGCAUUGACCACGGUGAGCCCCCCAACCCCCACACAGUCAAAAAAAGCGCUUGUGUGAUUGACUUCAGUCAAAAAUAAAUGACAUAUCCUCCACCCUUUGCUUACGCCCAAUGGCUCUCCGGCUUGCACUAUUGGGAUUGAGACCUUUGGUGUUUAAACAACAACAUUUCACAAACAAAACAUGGAAUCGUGAAUCGUGAAAUUUUCCAUUGCAAUGCAUUGUGCAACAAUGCUUUGUUACACCCCUAAUAAAUAUAUAUUAUUUAUAGAUAUUUUUGUUAUAGAUUUGACAGGGACAUGCCACUAUUUUCGGUUUUUGUUUUUCUCAUGUUUUGUCACUGGACAAUAGACUCCCAUCUUCUCCACAUUCUACUUACAGUAGGCGAGUCAUUUGCACACUAUGUACACUGAACAAUAUACGUCCAAUAUAUGUUUGUGGAGACCCCUUCUAAUUAAAAAGCAGCCAUUCCGCUGUUUUAGGUGGCACCUAUUGCUGACGCAAAUUUGAAAAUCUAGUCCCUGUAGAGUCCUAAGUAUUGCCAAAAGAAUAGGACACUGGAGCAGAUAAUUAACAUGAAAUUAUUGGUACCAUAUGUACCAUAUGCCCAGCAUUAAGGCAUUAUUGAACUGAAUGAUCCAUCCAAUACUUUUGGAUGGCAUGACUAUAUAUCACUCCCUAUCUCUUUAUUGCUGCAUGCAAUCAGAUCCUCAAAGCAAUGACCCAAAUCUAAAAUCUAGUAAAAUCCCUGGAAAUUAGAGACAGUUACGCUAUCUCUCUUUCUCUAACAGUCCUAGAUUCUGUAGAACAGAAACAGAAACAUUAUCAAAUGAGUCAGCAUUCCAACAGUUUUUGGGACUUUUUUGUAUUGUUUUUUUUUUCAUAUAAUUUCAAGUCUAAAAAAUGUUUUUACAGUGCUGUAUUCUUUUGGCUUUUAUAAGAGAGUCACCUAUUGUAUGUAGAAUCCCUGAAUCUAAAUUAUGAGUAAAACACUAUACUAAACUAAAGACAGAGGAGUGAUUGGAGUGAGAUUGAAAUCUGAAGCGCAGAAACAUUCCACCUGAACCGUAGAUUAUCCUCUGCCUGUAUCUGCACUUUGUCAAAGUAUUAUAUUUCCAUUUAGAAGGAGUUUAUUGUGUUUUUUGUGGUCAUUUUGAGUUUCAGGUUUAUUUCUGUUGAAGUCGUGGGCUUGCUGUCGAGUGCCCGCUGUGCCAACGCGCUUUUGUUUCCAGACUUACUGUUUUACUGAGUUACACAGAUCAGUCGUGUCCUAAUCUCAGCAUAAUUUUCUUACUACAGGAAACUGAUAGUCACUUUUUCUGAAGUCGCUCGUGUGGCUGUGCAGUGCUUUAGCAGGCUGCCCGUGGAUUAAAGAGACACUUGUAUCAUGCAGUAAAGCUUCAGACCAAAUUCUGCUGUUCUCGUGCCAAAAGGGGUCCAUUUUAAAAGGGAUGUGGCAAUCGAGAAGGGGGUUGGAGCCACCCAGCAUGACUAGUGCUUCUUUCAGCUCUGCCAUAGCCUUAAACAAGGUUCAUUCCAACGUUCGCUCCAAUUUCUACCAAUGCUGUUUCUUAGCUUUGUAGUCAGUAGGUCAGUUAUGGUUUGUAAACACUAGUGUCAAUGUUUAUUUCUACAAUAUUUAGACCAAACAAUGACUCGAUUUGAUGCGAUUUGAUUUAAAACAAUCAACAGACAUCUAAAAAAUUUCCCACAUAUUGCCUAGACUUAAAAUUAUGGUAUGCACUGAUCAGCCAUGACAUUAAAACCUAGUCUUGUUCAUGUCUCCAAGUACCACACCAGCCUAAGUCAUGAAAGAUGUCUUGUGGAACCUCCUAGUGCAUUAUUCCUUAAAGUACUUUUGGUAGAUACUGACCACUACACACCAGUAAUUCCCCACAAGACCUGCCUGAUAUUCUGGAGAUAUUCCAACCCAGCCAUCUAGCAGUUCAUCACAGUUUGGUUCUUGUCAGAGUUUAUGAUUUUAUGGUCCAAAUCAGUUGAUGAGUUUGAUUACUUGGAGCGUUUUCUCCCUCUGUUUGGUUUGGUUUCACACAGGCAUGAACCUAAACGCAGCAAAAGGCGCACCAAUAGGCCACCAAUGCGCACCAAUUGUUGCUUCAACACAUCAACUACAAGAACUGACUGUUCACUUGCUGCCAAAUAUUUAAAUUCCACCCCUUGACAGAUUUGAACCAGAGCCAUUUGAACCAGAUCAAUGACCCUAUAUAUAAUUUAAAUACUUAAGAUCCAUAAAGUGACAAGUGUUCAUGCUAAGGCUGCACCAAAAUGAAAAUUCUUGACUGAAACAGAACAAAAUUAAACAACCAUAUGCAGUAUACUGAAUACCGAACACCUUUUUUCAUUGUUUCUCCUUAAAUAUUGCCACUUAUUUUACCAUUUUGUUAAAUAAAUAGCGUAUUUUGUCUUGCUUUUUGAAGAAAACACUACAAUUUAAAACAUAUUUAUUGAACACUACACAUUUUUAACAUCCUAGUUUUUUUUUUUUUUUACCAUCAAAAGCAUUAUUAUUUUUAUAAAUUAUUCAGUCUAUCCACUUAUUCAUUAAUUUGAACACCAGAAAUGCAUUUUUAUGUACUUUACUUAGCAGUGCUUUUAAUGUUAUGGCUGAUUUUGUAUAUUAUUGUAUAUAUACAAUGGAGUAUUAUGAUUAUGUUAUAGCUGGAUGCUUAAUGGAUCGUUUUGUGUUCUGUGUCGCAAUGGGAAAAGACCUUGUUCAACAAAAGCACUUUGCAUAUAGUUUAAGGAACCAAUACAGAUAUUAAUAUGUCAUAUAUUUGUGAUAGCCUACACUGUAUAUUAGCUAUUUGUUGAAAUGCACAUACACACAUAGGCCUUGAGUUGUGAUUGCUGUGGCUGCUUGUGGCCAAAUAUUCUUCUCUAAGAGAAAGUACUUAAGGAAAUGAUGGAGAGAUAAUAUGUUCGAAAGCGGUUCUGUGUGAGGCAGGGAUGGACCGGGACUGAUGAUGUAAUGCAUGCUGAAUUACAGUAAUUGUUAUGAUAAGCAAAACAAUUGUGGAGCAUUUGACUGUUUUAAAAUGAGGUUUGUUAGAUUAGGGCUGCGUCCCAAUUGAAAUGAAUGGUACUGCACACUAAUACUACGCAGACAUGCCAAGAGCUUAAAUUUGUGAGUGAUAAUUUGUAUAAUAAUUUGAUCAUUGCAUUAAAUGAGCACGCUAGCUAGUGUUCAACCCCACUUACAAGAUAACACUUAACAUCUAACACUAAAUUUAACACUUAAAGGUUAAGUUUACUAUACAUAGUUAGAGUGAGGUUAAAUUCAACAGUCAUUUACAUUCAACUAAGAAUUCAGUUAAAUUUAAUGGAAUUUUUGUUUUUGUCCCAUUUUUCUCCUCAAUUUAUAUGGCCAAUUGUCCUCUCCUCGUCUCUCAGGGCUCCGGCAGCUGAUGGCAAGCUGCAUGACCAGGAUUCGAAUGAGUAGUCUCUCGAUCAUAGUGGCAGCGCUUUAGCAUGCUGGACCAUUCAGAGCCCGUUUAAUGAAAAUUUAGUUAAAUGUCAGUUGAGCAAAGAUGAGCAAUUUAACUUUUAUCUAUAUUAAAUACUACCUACUCACAAACUAGUUAUUAUUAGCAAUUUGUUUCCAAUUGGGUAAAGCUUUCAGUUUAGACUCUCAGCUCGAGCCGAGACGAGUUUUAACUUCAUAUUUACUAAAAAAUGUGAAUAUGAAGUAUUGAGAGACUCCGCCCACAUAGCUGAUGAUGACAGGAUGUAAUAAUGUUCUUUAGUUCGCUCACUUAACUGCAGUGUGAAACCAAAACUAACCGGAUCAAAUGUAAGUUAUCUAAUGUAACAGACUUUGGUUUGGACUUUCAGGUGUGAAAACGCCUAAAUUAACCACUUUUGACACCAAUCUUUACGUCUAAACUAAUGACUACUAAUCAAUGCUCAAUUUUGGGACGCGCCCAAAGUCUACAAACUACAUAUAACUAACAAUGAACACUUUGGCACAAAAUUCGACACCAUUACCCAAGAGAGUAGUCUUGUUUUUGGUGCAUCAUGAAUGAUACUCACGCACAGAUACACAGUAUACACAGAGAUACAGUCCGAUAUACAUGUCCCUCAUUGCAUUACUGCAUCACUGCUGGCAUGACGUUACCUGUUUACCUUCUCAGACAUGAUAUAUGCAAUGUAGUGUGUGUGUGUGUGUUUGAGUGAGUGUGAACGACUGUGGUCUUACAGCAGUGUGGUUUAGCCUUCUAAUGUACGUCGUAUAGGAAUAGUAUUAAAACUGCAGCUUUCAAGAGCUUUUCCUGCCUGAGUUUGGUACACUAUAUGUCCAAAUGUUUGUGGACACCACUUCUACUAAUCUAAUACAGAAUGCAGCAAUUUAGUUAUUUUGCGUUGAACAUAUUGCUGCUGACACAGAUGUGCAAAUAAAUGCACACAAACACACAGCUUGUCUAGUACUUGCAGUACAGACAUAUAGAUAGAUAUACAGACAUAUUUCAGUUAACAGCUUUUCUCAGUCAGUUUUAUGAGGUAGAGUCACCUGGAAUUCAGGCUUUCAGUUAACAGCUGUGCUGAAUCUCUUAAUAAAGUGUUUGAGAGCAUCAGUUGUAAAGUAAUGAAGAGGUAGAGUUACAGCUAUACAGUGAAUAGUGAAUAUUUGAGUAAUGUUCUAAUCCAGAUUAUGGCAAGAACUACUGAACUAGGUAAGGAAAAAAAAUACCAAUGAAAAAAAAACAACAGAAAAAUUAUAAUGAUGAAACUGGCUCUCAUCAGGACCUCCUCUGUUGCACAGGAUAAGUUAAUCAGUUGUACCAGCCUCAUGAACCACAAGUGAACAGCCUAAAUGCUUCAUAGAGUAUUUAUGUUGAUUUGUGUAACACUUUUAAGUUACUACAUGUGUUCCUUCAUAGUCUGGAUGACUUAUUAAAACAUAUAUAUAUAUAUUAAAAUGUAUAUAUAUAUAUAGCAGCAUUUAGUACAGAAUUAGAAAUCCCUCUGGUACUGCCUAGUGUUUGCAAUUAGCAAGGAGGUACCAUAAACAUCAAUGAGUCUCUCUUAUUCAGUUGUCUCUUUUAAAUUAAUAGCAGUAGCAUUGCUGAUUUGGGAGGGGACAAAAUAUCCUCAUUAAUGCAACAUCUAGUAUAUUCAUUCUAAAAACAGAAAUACAGGGGUCUGGUAGGUUUGCUGGAUGUAGUUGCUUUCUACAUCUUUACAGAACAAUAUACUCAAAAACACAUACAUUUAUUUACAUUAACCUGCAUUAAAAGUCACCACAGAGGUUUCCAAAUCCCCACAACUUACAGAAUGUUCCUUUAAUAAAAAUAUUCUCCCAUUUCAAUGCCUGAAUAUUCUUAAUACUUAAAAGUUGCUCUCUGUUCACAUAAUUGUGCUAUUAUGUUAUCAUUAUUAUCUAAAAUAUCACACAAAUAAUUAGUCAUCAUGACAGGCCUAGUUAUUGCAACAUAUGCAGGAUAAACACUAAGCAGAAACACUAAAUAAGCAGGUGUCCUAAAACUUUUGUCCAUAUAGUGUAUGUUUGCAAUUCUGUUCCUUGUUUUGCCAAGAUGUGCUGUGUGCUUCCCCCUGCCAAACUGCACUGCAGGCCUGUGCUGGGUCUGUUUUAGUGAGAGUAAAUUCUAGCCAAGAUUUCUUUGCAGAUAGCCGAUGUUUAAGCGUCAAAUGUCACAUUUAUUUAAAAAAGUCAUGAUUGAGAGUGAUAUGGGAAAAUGAAAAUGGUUUAUUUUUGAGAGUUGCUGAGGAAUGAGUGGCCACAGGUAUAUAGUAUAUUAUAUGCACAAAUAUAAAUAUAAAUGUAAUAAUAAUGUUUCAGAAAUUCCCUUUAAAAGCUUCUGGGUUUGAGCGCAGGUGUUCUGAUUACGACUGCUGUGUGAAUAUGCGUAUAUACGGUACAGUACAUACAAUAUACAUAGUAUAUUGUACAUAGUAUAUUGUACAUACAAUAGUACACAGGCUGUUUAUGCUGAUGUUUUACAAUUGGGCCAUACUAAGGCCUGAAACAUACUCAACACAAGGAUACAAACGCAGACGCUUUGAGCUGUGCAGACUGGGUUUCAAGCUUAGUUGUGUGCAAAAAUGAAUCAUGACAGACAAUACACUUUAUUACGCAGCAGAAGCUCAAACUGCAUAGCUAUCUUUUCCACAAGGGGGGCGCUACAGUAAGAGGAAAGUUACCUUUAUGCCUUUUUGGUUUAGGUCUUUUGUUGUCAAAGACCCUGUUUUUAAACAUUUAACCAUUUAUCCAUGAAACCAAUCAACGAGCACAAGCUAAAGAUGUUUUGUUUUGCAAAUAAAUUAACUAAAUGUAUGUUCUAUCUUAAAUUACAUUGGUUGAUCUACAGUAUCUAUAUAUUGGAAGAAUAUUUGCGGAUCUAAUCCUUCACCAACAUGAGGGUUUCCUGAAAGCAAAAUAUAAGAUCAAUAAUCUAUACAGAGCCAGUCUACUUAAAUGUAGGAAUUCUUGCAUUUCAUAUACAUUUCAAGUCUUAAGUCAUAUUUUAUUGAUUUUUGUUCUAUUGUUGGCUUUAAUUUAAUGUAUUAAAGAAAAAAAGUAUUGGAUAGUGUGCUGUCACAUUGAGAAUUUGAAGUACUGUACAACAGCAUCAAAAACGAUUAACCUUUUAUGACGUAGCAUCCUCGAAAGUAGAAAUGUGUAUAAAUGGCAGACGUUUAUCCUCGUCUUGUUUAAAGGCACCAUGAUUUGUCCUCUAGCACCCCCUGGAGAACUGAGUUUUUUAAUUGUUACAGUACCCUAAGAGCACACACUAAGUUUAAACAUUGGACAGAACGUUGGACAGCUGUUGGUAUUUGUGUUUGCAUCCUUGCUUUGAGUGUGUUUUUGGACUAAUAGUGUCUAAGAGUCUCUUUCAGUUUAUUCUAAACCGUUUUUUUUUUUAGUGCAAACGGUAAAAAGUUUGGACACACCACUUCUUAUUCAGUGUUUUUUCCUUAUUUUAAUCAAUUCAACAAAUGCAUCAUGUACUCAUCAUAAACUAUUUCCAAACUUAUAAAUUCAUCCCAAACCCAUCCCAAACUCAUAAAUUAAUUCCAAACCCAUCCCAAACUCAUUAUAAACUCAUCAUAAACUCUUAAAUUCAUCCCAAACCCAUCUCUAACUCAUUAUAAACUCAUUAUAAACUCAUCCCAAACGCUUAAAUUCAUCCCAAACCCAUCUCUAACUCAUUAUAAACUCAUUAUAAACUCAUACCAAACACUUAAAUUCAUCCCAAACUCUUAAAUUUAUACCAAAAUCAUUAUAAACUUAUCCCAAACUCUUACAUUCAUCCCAAAUUCAUCAUAAACUCAUCCUAAACCAGAUCAGUUGAAUUGUUCCUUCAUAGUUUUGGUAUCUUCUAUAUAAUAAUGUACAAUUGUAUAAAAUAAUGUAAAAAGAGAAAGGGUGUGAAGGGCUGUGUCCAUACUUUUGAAUUGUACGGUAACCUUGAAGGAAUAUGUGAAGCCACUGUCUUUUUAUUUUAUUUAUUUUAUUAGAUUUUAUUAUUUUUUGCCUGUGAGUAAUUCUACUGCCUGAUUCUGACUGACUGUCGGAACUGAGACCGUGCGGAUGCAGAUGUGAUUCUGGUUUUGGGUUUUAUUUUUAAAGAGAGAUUUUAUUGCUUUGAAUGUAAAAAAUCUUUUUACUCCUCAUUCCUGAGUCGACACUUUUCCUAACGACUUGCUCUGGACACGUGCGGGGGUUCAGAAGGUGUCCCGAUUCAUUUGACAUGUGACCAAAGUUUGAUCUCGCUAUCAUUUCUGUACAUUCUUCUUUUUUAGAGAUGCUUGAAUAUUUUCUCUCAAUGCCAAGAAGCUGAGGUUUAUUUUUGUACUUCAUUGGUUCAUGCAGAUUUAUAGGUCCUUCAGUACCGAAUCUAGAAUAUAAGGUUCUAUGGCGUUCCCUCACCCCAUUACAAACGGAUUUUGGUUAGGAUAAUAACAAUAAUUAAAUUAUGUAUUUAAUGUCAAAAGCAUGCCCUAUAUAAAUGAAUUACAUGUAAUAAAACUAUAUGAACAUGUGAUUUACUUUGUACAAAAUGACAAAUGUUUAUGUUUAUAAGGCAUUGUUUUAAAUAUCCAAAGCAUAAUGUAUAUGAUAUUUUUAUGUUUUUAUUUGAGCAUGCAGAAAUCUGCUGGAGGUUUUAAUUCUGUUCUAUUUAAAGCCGUUCAGUUUUAGGGGAUUUGUUUUACUGAUUUUGGGACGAAGCCCAAACGCGAGCACUUUUGCUGUUAGUCAGCGAGACCUGUGUUCCUCCGGAUUUUGAGGGCGAGUGGUGGCUCAUUAUUUCAUUUGAGAUGCUGCUAUGACUAGUUUUGAGCAGAAAAGCUGUAUUUUUAAUUAACUUUUCAGCAAAGUAGCAAUAAAAAUUUAUACUGUGAAA